UUCGUUACAUGUAAAACUAUAUAUAUUUUUGUAAAUUUUUAUUUUUUUGUGAAUCGUCAGUAUUACUAUAUGUCAUUAUAAGUUCGUUAAUAGUGAGUGUGGUGUUAUUAUUCGUUCACCUGGACCCUGGAAUUUAUACAUGGUCCUUCGAGCCGGAUUGGUCGCGAGUGUUUUUUGGUAGUCUCCGGUGGUGGAAGAGACUACCACCCCUAGCGUCAUUACUGGACAGUGGAUUGCUGUCCAGAGCAGCCUCUUCAGUGGACCCCUGGAGAGAGGGCCCAGGAGCUGAAGGUGGAACCGGUGCAGCAGCCGGGAGUCAGGCGUGGUGCAGCCGACUCGUGAGCAGCAGCAGCCGGAGGAAGGCGCAAGGGAGGUGCAGUGGCAGUGCAACAAGCAGCGGGCGCGGUGCCGGCAGGGGGCGCCACUUAUAUGGUGGUGUAUCGUGAUAGUGAAUAAUAUUGGUUUGAAGUAAAGCCGUGAGUACUUUAAAUUAUUCAUUAUCGCGAAGAAGAAGUCAACAAUAAAUAGAAAAUUGAAACUUGGAAAUUUUGAACUUGUAAUAUCGCAGUUAGCAGUAAUUCAGGACUUGUAAUAGUUUUAAGUUAGAAGUAGUUCGACGGGGAACUUAUGCCCGAUUUCGGUCUGAAUUCUAAGACUUGUAAAAUUUCAAAAUAAUUUUAAUUUGUUUUCUUGUAUUUCAAAUAAUUGUUUACAUUUUUUACUAAAUAAAAUGGAAGCUUUUAGCGAUCUGCAAGAAGACAUUAGAGCUAUAAUGUUAAAAGCUAAGUCUAAUUUUAAGAAAUCGCCAAAAGAGCGAUUAUCGGUUGCUUAUGUAGAGACUAGGCUUGAUAACUUAGAGCAACAAUGGAGAUUAUUCUCGGACACUCAUACUAAAAUUAUAAGUCAAGUCAAAAGAUCAGAUUUGUAUAGUUCGAACUACCACAAGAAUGCAAUAUAUGACGAUGUAGAAGAGUUGUAUGUAGAUUAUAAGACUGAAUUAAAAGAGAUGUUAACUAAAUUAAGUUCGAAUAACCAAAGUGUUGUGGUAUCAGGUGGAAAUUCAGGUACACGAUUUAAGUUGCCUGAAAUAAAAAUCCCGAUGUUCUCUGGGAAAUAUACGGAGUGGCAGACUUUUAGGGACUUGUUUUUAGGGCUUGUACAUGAAAACAAGGCCCUAGAUGAUGCCCAAAGGUUUUAUUAUCUUCGAGGACACCUGACAGGAGAGGCUGAGCAGCUAUUGCGAAAUAUUAAAAUGUCAUCUGAUUGUUAUGAAAUUGCCUGGAAAAAGUUGGACGAUAUGUACAAUAAUAAACGGUUUUUAGCCAAUGGCAUUUUAAAACGUAUGCUUAGCCAAAAGAAUUUAGUUUCGGAAUCGGCUUAUGAAAUAAAAAAAAUAAUAAGUACUACGUCAGACUGUUUAGAGGCAAUAAAAAAUCUAGGUGUGGAUGUGUCUUCAUGGGAUCUGAUUGUUAUUCAUAUAAUUAGUUCAAAAUUAGAUAAGGAGACUAGAAGGGCGUGGGAAUUGAAGGUGGCCUCGGACUCAAGGGACGAGCUACCAACAUUUGAAGAAUUUUCACAAUAUUUGUAUAGUCGCUUUAGGGGUUUGGAACAGUUAGACAAGGAAUAUAUUGAGAAUAAUAAACAGCCAAAACAUCCACAACCAAAAGGGACGCAUUCAUUUCAUUUACUAAAAGAAAAAGGCCUGUUAUCAUGUACAUUUUGCUCAGCUGAUCAUAAGAUUAAUUAUUGUCCGAAAUUUCGUAAAGAAUCGAAUGAAGCGCGACGUAUGUUUGCGCUAGAAAAUAACUUGUGUUUCGUUUGUUUACUCAACAACCACUCUGCAAAAAAUUGUAAAAACACUCUUAAGUGCCAGGUGUGUAGACACCGCCACCAUUCUUUGCUGCACCCAAGCGGUGCAUCUGGGUCCAAUAUUGGUGAAGAUGAGAGUACGAUUCACGAGGAAUUAUCAUCAGUCGCUUCAACGUCAGCGAAGGAUGAGAUUAAAAAUUGUAAUACUGUAGUGACCGCGCAAGCGGAGGGAUCGAGCAAGCCAAUGGUAUCGUGUCUUUCGACAGGGACUAGCCGUAAAACGGUUUUAUUAACUACCGCUUUGAUCAAAGCGGAGUCGAAAGACGGUUCAUAUAGGGUGGUUAGGGCUUUACUCGAUCAAGGAUCACAAGGUUCGUUUGUGACAGAAUCUACAGUCCAGUAUUUGGGAUUAGAUAAAACACCUUCAAAGCAAGUUGUGAUAGGUGUAGGUGGGGACAAGAGUGCUACGGCCAAGUCCAGUGUGACUCUCACAUUGAGGUCUAGAAUAGACCCCAGUGUCGUCAUUAGGGUUAAUGCAUUCGUCCUGAAGUCGGUCUCAACUGUUCUCCCAGCUGCAAAGGUAGUCAGGGUAGAAUGGGUAGAUUUGACUGAUGAUGACUUGGCUGAUCCAGAAUAUUACAGGCCUAAUAAAAUUGAUGUUUUAUUAGGUGCUGAAGUCUACAGCCAGGUCAUCCAGGAGGGUAUUAAAAAGAAUAUAACUGGGUCAUUAUUAGCUCAGAAUACUAAAUUAGGGUGGAUAUUGUCAGGUACCUUUGACGUCGACCAGACAAUAAAUUCAUCACACAUUACCGUUAUGCAUUCAAAUCUUGUAGAAGAUGACAUGCUUAAAAAAAUAUAUGAACUGGAAGCAGAACCUCCUAGAAAGAAAAUGCUUACGGAGGAAGAAAAUAAAUGCGUGAAGUUAUUUGCAGCUACGACGGAACGCGACAGUAAUGGUAGAUACAUUGUAAGACUACCAUUGCGUAAUGUGGACCCGACUUGUGCGGUUGGUGAGACCAGGAGCAUUGCUGAAAAAAGAUUCAAAGGGUUGGAAGUAAAAUUUAAGAAAAACGAAAAACUUAAAGAAGAAUAUGGGAAAGUAAUAAAAGAGUAUUUACAGUUGAAUCACCACGCCGUUGUCCGGGAGGAUAAAGAAACAUCAAAGGUUCGCGUCGUAUUCGAUGCCUCCUGCAAAGGAUCGAAGGGAAUGUCACUGAAUGACAACAUGUUAGUAGGCCCUACCUUGCAGGCAGAUCUCCGCCAUACAAUUAUACGAUGGAGAACGCAUCACAUAUGGUUUGUAGCAGACAUUGUGAAAAUGUAUCGUCAAGUUCUGGGACACAAGAAUGAUACAAUACUACAAGGUAUUCUCUGGCGCGAUGAUCCUGAAAAAGAAAUUAAUAAAUAUCAAUUGAAAACUGUUACCUUCUUUACUGAGUCGACUCCAUUUCUGGCUAUACGGGGUCUUCAACAGCUCUCUUACGAUGAAUGUUGUGCUGAACCUGGAAUGUCUAAGAUAAUUUUAGAAGACUUCUACAUGGAUGAUGUAAUGACAGGAGCUGAAAAUAUAGAAGACUGUUUCAAGAUAUACACUAAACUAAAGGAAAUAUUAAUAAAAGGAGGUUUUCCAUUACAAAAAUGGAAGAGUAACAGUCAAAAACUAUUAAAUAAAAUUAUGGAUAGAAAAGGAACCACAGAGGAAUUAAAAAUAAAAAUAGACAGUAUUACCAAAAUCUUGGGACUUACCUGGAACUCGAACGAAGAUGUCUUUCAGUACACUGUGGAAUUUCGAGCGCUGGCAGCACCUGUAACAAAAAGAAAGGUUAUUUCGGAGAUUUCGAGAUUGUUUGACCCUUUAGGUUGGUUGGCACCUAGUAUCGUUCAAGCUAAGAUAUUUAUUCAAAAAUUAUGGCUAGCAGGAAUGGAAUGGGAUCAAGCAAUUCCAAGUAACUUAUUGCAAGAAUGGUUGACUUACCAUAGUAGUUUAACUUCCUUGAUGAAUAUUAGGAUUCCGCGAUGGAUGCACCAUGAAGAUAAAAACACGAUUACCGAAUUACAUGGUUUUUCUGAUGCCUCAAAAAUGGCGUACGCCGCGGUGGUUUAUUUGAGGGUUGUGGACAAAGAAGGGAAUGUUCAUAUUUCUUUAGUAACAGCAAAAACGAAGGUUGCACCCAUUAAACAAGUGUCCAUUCCUCGACUAGAACUUUGUGGGGCUGUUCUUCUAGCCAAAUUGAUGGCUGAAGUAGGAGAAGUAUUGGGUGUCCAAAAGCUUGACUGGCACGCAUGGACAGACAGUGAAGUAGUGCUAGCUUGGCUCAGCAGCCACCCUAGUCGUUGGAAAACGUUCGUGGCUAACCGUGUUUCUGAUAUUUUAAGUAUUUUGGACACACAUCACUGGUCUCAUGUGUCAACAAAACACAAUCCCGCAGAUUGUGCAUCUCGCGGCGUUUCAUCGGUUGAACUCCAGUCCAUGACGAUAUGGUGGCGAGGCCCGGAUUUCUUAAGACAGCAAGUAUUAGAGUAUAAAAAACCAAAACACCUAAUGACUCGAUUAGAAGAAGUUAAGGUUAAUUCGUGUACGUUGGAUGUGACUUUUUGGAAUCGAUUUUCAACACUGCAAAGAAUGAUUCGUGUAGUAGCUUAUAUUCGUAGGUUUUUAAAGGUAAACAGACAGAGUAUGAGGUCAAAUCAUCUGACUAAACAAGAAUUAGAUGAAGCAUUAGAAGUCUGUAUAAGGAAAAGUCAAGAAGAAGGAUUAAGUAACACAUUAGAAGAGUUAAGAAAGAAUGAGAUGUGUGAGAAAGGAAGUCUUAAGUCGUUAAACAUAUUUCUUGAUUCGAAAGGAAUUAUAAGAGUUGGAGGACGGUUGGAAAUGGCGCAACUGAAUUAUGACCGGAUUCAUCCCAUUUUGAUACCGAAGGAGUCUUUUUUGACGAAUCUUUUAAUUGCCGAGGCGCAUGCGAAAACUAUGCAUGGUGGACCUCAAAUGAUGUUGACGUAUUUGCGAGCCAAGUAUUGGAUAUUAGGAGUUAAACUAUUGGUUAAAAAAUUUGUAAGGGCUUGUGUUAAAUGUAUUCGAUAUAACUCAAAGGUUAGAACGCAACUAAUGGGACAGUUGCCUUCAGCACGAGUCACCCCUAGCAAACCGUUUCUCUGCAGCGGAGUAGACUACGCUGGACCUAUAAACAUAAGAGUAUCCAAAGGUCGAGGUAAUAAAUCCUACAAGGGGUACAUCGCCUUAUUUGUGUGCAUGUCCACUAGAGCGGUGCAUUUGGAGGCAGUUAGUGAGCUAAGCACAAAGGGUUUCCUAGCUGCGUUCAAGAGAUUUGUGGCAAGACGUGGCAGGUGCGCUGAACUAUACAGUGAUAAUGCCACAAAUUUUGUGGGAGCAGCACGUGAGCUUGCGAAUAAUGGUACGGAGUGUCACUUUAUUCCUCCUCAUGCACCUAAUUUCGGUGGCUUAUGGGAGGCAGGUAUAAAGUCCACUAAGCAUCAUCUAAAAAGAGUCAUUGGCAAUUCUACGUUAACGUACGAGGAAAUGGCAACGGUGUUGGCUCAAAUUGAGGCAUGCCUCAAUUCAAGGCCAUUGUCCUACGUAGAAGAUCAGGACAAGAUGUCAGUUUUGACACCUGGUCAUUUCUUGUUAGGGGAGUCACCAGUUGUGCCGCCAGAUGCAAGUUACGAGAGCACAACGAAUAUUACCAAUUUGAAGCGGUGGCAACUCUGUCAGAAGAUGAUGCGGGACUUCUGGAGAAGGUGGUCGCACGACUAUCUUCACCAAUUCUUACAGCGAUAUAGAUGGUCUUACAAAACUCCGGAACCCUCUUUGGGUAGUAUAGUAUUAGUAAAGGAGGAUAAUAUGCCUCCAGGAAAGUGGUUGUUAGGUAGGAUUGUUCAAAAACAUCCUGGGACAGACGGUAUUACUCGUGUAGUCACAAUCCGUACUCAAUCAGCAACCAUGAAGAGACCUACAUCUAAACUAUGCAUUUUGCCGGUAGUAGUUUAGUUAUAAGCGCUGAUAAAUGUCAUAAAGUGCCAUUUUUAGUUAUUUUAUUUAGCAUGGAUUAAGUUUAUUUGCUGUCAAGGAAUUGGAAGUUUGAGUAAAACUUAUUUAUUUUUUGUUGUUUAUGGAAAUAUAAUUUGUUUGUUAGUUAUUCUACAUCAGCUUCAAUUAAAAUUUAUUGAGCACGGUGGGCGGUGUAGAAGGACAUUGAGCAAUAUGUCCUUGGUGGGCGGUAUGUUCAACGUUGUAUACGAAGCCGUAGCGCGAUCAAUUGCAUUUUUAAAUAUAUUUCAACAUUUAUUGUAAAAAGGUUUGACCCAA